GGAAACGUGUGCCCCCUUCGAUAAUUAGCAUCUCUUCGUUGCAACCUCAGAUUCAAGAAAUUUGGAUAAAUCACUUUGCUCCCAUUUUAGAUGAAAUUUAGGUCAUCUCCAACUCUCCAUAUCAUCUAGCGUCAAAUAAAUCUAAUAUAAAAAGCUUUAAAUCAAACGUGAAUCUGAGAUCGGAUGCUGUGCCAAAUAAUGCCGUAGUUUUCUCCCUGCGGCUCCGAGUUUCCGACUGCGGGCAAAGCCAGGAACCGAUCAGCUGAGCUCCUAAAAUUUCUUGAAAAAGACCAUCUAUACCUGUGUGAAGACGUCCCAAGUCCCAACCUAACACAUCUGAGAGUAAAACAAAAUUGUGUCUUUUUCUAUUGCCCGAUUCGAUCUGCCUGCCAAGUGAUGAUCGUCCCGUUGACCCAAAUUUUCGUUCUCCUCACCGAGUAUAGUACUUACCCUGAUCGAUCUUGGAGAUUUAGAAGAGGAAGACGACGACGACCAAGAACAACUAGAAGUCAAAGAACGCAAUGGAGAGGCGUCCUCUGCAUCUGCAUCUCCUCCUCUUCUUCUCGGCAUGGCUACUGCUGCUGCUGCUGCAAGGUGUAAGCUCGCUACAGUUCAGGCGAGAGGACUUCCCCGAUGGCUUCGCGUUCGGAGCCGGGACUGCGGCUUACCAGUAUGAGGGCGCAGCUGCUGAGGAUGGGAGGACACCGAGCAUCUGGGACACCUACACACAUUCAGGGAGGCAUCCAGAAGAUGGAACAGGUGACGUAGCUUCUGAUGGCUAUCAUAAGUACAAGGAAGAUGUCAAACUAAUGACUGAGAUUGGCCUAGAGGCUUAUCGGUUCACAAUUUCUUGGUCAAGACUUAUCCCUAGUGGGAGAGGAGCGGUUAAUCCAAAAGGGUUGCAGUUUUACAACAAUAUGAUAAAUGAACUAGUGAAAGCAGGUAUUCAGAUACAAGUUGCCCUAUAUCAUAGUGACCUCCCUCAGAGCCUUCAAGACGAGUAUGGUGGGUGGAUUAACCCCAAAAUUGUUGAUGACUUCACAGCAUAUGCUGAUGUGUGCUUCCGAGAGUUCGGCGACAGAGUUGCGCAUUGGACAACUGUACUUGAGCCAAAUGUCAUGGCUCAAGGUUGCUAUGACACUGGAAUUCUUCCUCCUAACCAUUGCUCAUAUCCAUUUGGCAACAAUUGUACAGGUGGAAAUUCCACGGUUGAGCCAUACUUGUUUAUACACCAUAACCUGCUAGCUCAUGCUUCAGCUGUUAGACUUUACAGGGAGAAGUACCAAGUUGCACAGAAGGGCAUUAUCGGCAUAAACAUGUACUCCUUGUGGUUCUACCCACUCACAGAUUCAGCUGAAGAUAUUGGUGCCACUGAAAGAGCAAAACAGUUCAUGUAUGGCUGGAUCUUGCAUCCUUUGGUGUUUGGAGAUUACCCAGAGACCAUUAAGAAGGUUGUCGGUUCCCGCCUUCCGUUCUUCUCUAACCAUGAAUCUGAGCUGGUUACUAACGCUUUCGACUUCAUUGGAUUAAAUCACUAUAGCUCAGUUUACACGAGCAAUAAUAAUAACGUAGUAAAGGCACCUUUACAAGACUUGACUGCCGACAUUGCUACUUUGUUCAGAGCCACCAAGAAUGACACACCUACUCCAGAGUUUCUACCAGGAAACACUGUAGAUCCUCAAGGGCUGGAGAAUGCACUUGAAUAUAUUCGAGAAAACUAUGGAAAUUUGACGAUUUAUAUUCAGGAAAAUGGCAGUGGAGCACCAGACGGAACCCUGGAUGAUGUGGAGAGGAUCAACUAUUUGCAAAAAUACAUAGCAGCCACACUGAAAGCCAUCAGGAAUGGUGCGAAUGUGAAGGGAUACUCCAUGUGGUCAUUCAUAGAUAUUUACGAGAUAUUUGGUGGGUAUAACAGUUGGCAUUAUGGACUUGUUGCUGUCGAUUUCGGCAGCACAGAACGGAGAAGGCAGCCGAGACGCUCUGCUAGCUGGUACUCAGACUUCUUGAAGAACAAUGCUCCCAUCAGGGUGGAGGAUGGCUCCUUUGUCUCUGCAGCCUCUCAUGCUCAACUCUGAAUGAUGUCAAUCUGUUGAGAAUAUGGGUACCAGGCACCUGCACGGCCUGCAUAUCUUACUAAGUCGGAUCCAUGUAUUAUGUAAUAGAGUAGGACUCUAUCACAAUGUUACCUUGUGUUCUAUGGUAGGGCCUAGAGUCUCAGUUGAAUAUAACCAUAUAAUAUGUUGCUGUAAAUAUGUGAUGUUCCUAGGGUCUAUUUGUAAAAUGUUCAGAGAAUUAGAAGGAGGAAGGGGGUGUGUAGGGGAACAUACCCUGAGAAAAAUCCCCAAAUCAAACA